AUGGGAAAAGGUAAACCAAGAGGACUUAACUCCGCCAGAAAGUUGAGAGUUCACAGAAGAAACAACAGGUGGGCAGAUCAGGCUUAUAAGGCCAGAUUAUUGGGAACAGCAUUUAAGUCUUCACCAUUUGGAGGCUCAUCUCACGCUAAGGGAAUUGUUUUGGAAAAAAUCGGUGUCGAGUCAAAACAACCAAACUCAGCUAUUAGAAAAUGUGUCAGAGUUCAAUUAAUCAAGAACGGUAAGAGAGUUACUGCCUUCGUGCCAAAUGACGGUUGUUUAAAUUUUGUCGACGAAAACGAUGAAGUUCUUUUAGCCGGUUUCGGUAGAAGAGGUAAAGCUAAGGGUGAUAUUCCAGGUGUCAGAUUCAAGGUUGUCAAAGUCUCUGGUGUCUCAUUAUUGGCUUUAUGGAAGGAAAAGAAGGAAAAACCAAGAUCAUAA